CACCCGCAUCUCCUUUCCAACCCGUCGACAGCUGCUGCAUCUCGUUGUCGGUCGCCCCUUGCACCCAACAUCCCAGCGCCGCCAAAACCGUCAAAAUGCCGAGUGGUGCUGUCGAUCCUCCUGCCGGUGUCGCACCCGAGGUUCAUCAGAGCCUGGAACAGCUGUCGAGGAGAGAGCUUGCCAUCGAAGCCACAAUCGCCGAGCUCAAGGAAGUGGCAUCCGUCAAGCUCAUCAACGAUCUGAAUCUGGACCUGCGGGAGCAGAUGAGAGCGCUCCAGCAAGCCAUCCAGAACCUGCGGCUGCAGGCCGAAUACUAUGACGGCACAUCCUCGGAAUGGAUCCUCGGCAGGCUCGAACGGCACGAUGGAAUGCACCGCCAACUCCAGAUCAGCAUUCGACAGACAAACCUCUUCAUGAAAUCCGAACUGGAUCGGCGUGCCGAACGAGAGCGAGAAGAGCUGCUGAAGACCAGCGGGACAGAGCGGCAAGAGCUGUGGCAACAGAAACUCGACACCGAAGAAAAGCUCCUCCAGUCCAACUCGGAGCUGACGAGCAUGCUCAAGAAUGCAGUGCAAAUGAUGAACGCCGAGGUUGAAAAAAGCGCCCAGACAACCAAGGCAUUGAAUGACUCCACGGCGCUGCUACAGAAAACCCACACCGAGUACAGCAGCUACGAUCGGGCCCUGCGAGGAGGACGUGCCAUCAUCACUCGCCUGAAGCGACGAGACUGGACCGACAAGGUUAUGAUCAUGUUUGGCUUGCUGGUGUUUUGUUUGACGGUGCUUCACAUCAUCCGGAAGCGGGUAUGGAUUCCCGGACUGCCCUACGGCUCCAAGGAGUGUCCCGCCGGUUCGUGGACAUGCUCGCCAAGAAAGGUCAAUCCGGCCGUCGUCGAGGACCACCACCACCAUCACCACUACCACACCGGAAGUUCCGAGAAGCCGAAGGCGGCUCAAAACGGGGACAGCCAUGCUUCUGACCACGCCCACGAGCACCACCACGAGCACCACGACCAUCACGACCGCUUCGACUUUGAUGGGGAGAGCAACGGAAUGUUUGUCUAGCACAGAAACUAGCGCCGCAGCUCGGUUGCUGGAGGGGAAUCUUGUCCUGGGUGAUUACUUGCGCCGACUGCCUCGGCCUCAUGCAUCUGGCCCCGUCGCGAGGUUUCUGCAAUCGAGAAGAUGCUCUCAUGCUGAAGCCAGCGACCACUAUCGUCUGGUGACUGAAUAUACAUACAUCGUCGCCAGCUGCA